UGCAAAUUAUUAUUUUUUGUUGGGUUAAGUUCCUCUCCUGGUCUUCUUCUUUGGCUUUGGCUUUGUGAGGGUCAAUGGGUUGGUCUUUGCCUUUCCUGUAGUCAUUGUUGGUUUAUGAUUUUGGAGUAUUUCAGUAAAUUUUAGGAUAAUAUUCCUUCACAAGAAAGUUUUUUUGAUGAAUAUAACCAAGCGCCUGAUAAAUUUAUUGAGAAGUUGCUUCUUUUCGUGACUGAAUGCAUCAAGAAAAGCACUUGAGUUAAUACGCGGCAUCUUGAUAUUUCAAUGAUACAGAGCUCUUUAGAAAUCCUUCUUAACACGAGCCAUGGUUCAUUAAUUCUCAGAGAUAAAGUCCUAUUGCUAAGUUCCAAGAGUUUACUCAAGCCAGACUUGGAUUGAAACAAAGGAUCUCUAUAAGAAUGUCAAAGGAGAUGACUGUGUGAGGCUAGUAAAGAGAAGCCGUACGUAAGGAGAGACUCUUGACUCAAACAAGCUGUCUCUUACCUUCAUAA